GCCACGAGUUGCUCUUACUCCCACGGAACUCAUGGACUUCAUUGAAAAUGAAUACGUGGAUAUCCCUGACAUCGUGGAGGCAGACAUAGAAGGUCGAAGUAAGGGUGACGCACUAUCCAAAGGAGUCGCCAUUCUGCAGCUGGGGUGGUUCAUCCUGCAGCUUGUCGCCCGUUACAUCCAGCAACGUCCCGUAACCCUUCUCGAAAUCGACACCCUGGCUAUAGUUUGUCUGUCCUGCAUCGCCUAUGGCCUGUGGUGGAAUAAGCCUAAGGAUGUACGACGCCCUCAUCCUAUCCACUGGAACAAAAAUAAAGCAGAGGUGCUUCAGGAUCUGUCAUUCACCUAUGAAAAAGUAAAUCCAGAAUUCUCCUUGGAUCGCUGGCAUCAUUAUCUCCUCGUUUUCAUUUAUCCCUUGAGGAGUCUUAUGGGCACUGCCGUGACUGUCUCUCCCUGUGCUGUCCGAGCACAUCGGAUUCCGUCUUUAGGUGGCUAUGCUGAUGAACAUCGUCAUGACCGUGAUCAUGUCAUUACACUUUUCCUUGGAUGCUUCUGUGCCGUCAUAUAUGGAGGACUGCAUUGCCUGGGCUGGCAUUAUUUAUUUCAGUGGCACACAGAUCAGGUGCUAUGGCGUGUGGCUUCCAUUGUGAUGGCAUCCGCAUCGGUACCUCUUCUUCUGACAUUUGGCUGGGUCAUAUUGUCGGAUUCCCCCCAUGACAGUUGGGUUGUGAGAUUUGCUGUAGUUACCACCGCUUUCAUAUAUAUUGCUGCACGCGUUACACUAAUUGUACUUCUAGUGUCCAGCUUGCGAUCGCUACCCCCUGGCGUUUACGAUACAGUGGCGUGGACCACAUUCGUUCCACAUGUUUAGUUUCCUCUUACUUACAUCACGCUCAUGAUUAUCCUCUUGCUAGAAGCAUGCUUUGGAUCUCUCGUCUCUUUACUGUUUCCCCGUUGUUUGACUAAUAGAGCUUGGAAACCGGAUUGUUUAUUGAUAUCGUUCAAGUUCCUCAGCCUGACUAUUGGUCGAACAUUUUGAUAUUCGAUUGAUCCGCUUGCCAUCAAGGUACCCACGACAUGUUGACCAAUAGACGGGGCCGAGGGGCUCGCAGCUCAGAGACACAGCAAACAAGGGUCGUGAGGGUGUCAUUAGCAUAGUGUUCGAACUACAGAACAUCAAACUGGGUUAUCGUCUGCGCCGCUGUCUGUCUCCACCUCGACAUUUACUUGCAC